AUGGAUCCUUCCAAUCCUUCCCACAUUGCAAAAAUGUUCACGGAUUAUAUGAAUGAUGACAUGGAUGAAGAACUUGUGAGAUUGUUUAAGGAAGAAGAAGCCUCUAGUUCUAGAAGGCCUAGACGACAGAGAAGGAAUAUAGAGAGGAAUCGUGAAGAGGGACAUGAUCGAUUGUUCAAAGAUUAUUUUUCAGAAACUCCGGUAUACACAAAUGAGCAAUUUCGUAGAAGGUGCCGAAUGCAUAAACACGUGUUCCUUCGUAUUGUUGAAGCUCUAGGUCAACAUGAUGAGUAUUUUCGAAUGAUGGUUGAUGCAACAGGUAGGGCAAGUCUUUCACCAUUACAGAAAUGCACUGCUAAUAUUUGUAUGUUGACAUAUGGAACAUCUGCUAAUAGUGUGGAUGACUAUUUGAGAAUUGGUGAAACCAUGACAUUAAAAUGUGUUGAUAAGUUUACAAGAGGAGUGAUCAACAUCUUUGGUGCACAAUAUUUGCGAAGGCCAAAUGCCGAAGACAUUGAACGCCUAAUGCAAAUGGGAGAGGCACGGGGAUUUCCAGGUAUAUUAGGGAGCAUUGACUGCAUGCAUUGGGAAUGGAAAAAUUGUCCAGUUGCAUUGAAAGGGCAAUACGUUCGAGGCGAUCAUGGGAAACCAACUAUUAUGCUUGAAGCAAUGGCUUCACAAGACUUAUGGAUUUGGCAUGCAUUCUUUGGGGUUGCGGGUUCAAACAACGAUAUUAAUGUUUUGAACGAAUCUAAUGUCUUCAACGAUGUUCUACAAGGACGAGCUCCCGAUGUUCAUUAUACAAUCAAUCGUACUGAAUACAACAAGGGUUAUUAUCUAUCAGAUGGUAUUUAUCCUGAAUGGGCCACGUUUGUAAAAAGUAUCCCGAUGCCACAGGGGGGGAUAAGAGAAAAUUGUUUGCCCAACAUCAAGAAGGGGCGAGAAAGGACAUUGAACGAGCAUUUGAAGUUCUCCAAUCCCGAUUUGCGAUCAUACGUAACCCAUCACGUUCUUGGCACUUAG